AUGGGGCCUAGCGUUAUUGUGGAGGAGGUGCACCGAAGCUCGUCUUGGCCGUUUUUCUCGAGCGGCCGAUGCGAGCUGACUAGCGUAUAUGGAACUGGUGACGGUGUGGCUUUGCAGGAGCAGUCCACAAAACAGCAUUCUCCUCGUAUUUCAGAAUCAAUAAAGGAGAAACUUCUUGGGGUGGAGGUCCGAUUUGGUAAUUGGAAUCGUAAACGUCCUGAAUGGCUCCUGUUUGCACUGUACCAGUUAUGCGAGAAUCUCCUCGACCGUGCAACUUCUCCUGCGCUCGAUGUUUUCCUCGCUAACAAGGCAUAUGAGGAAGAGAAACAGAUUUGUGCGAUAGAAACGACACAGGAACAAUGCAAUCCUAUUAAGUCGCUCACUCAAGAUGAGAUUGUUUUCGCCAUCAACUGUACUGUGGCCUAUCUGGAACAUUUGUACAUCACGGAAAGACUAUUUGAAAUAAACACUGAAAGAUCUAUCUCGACGCUGGUAAAAGAAUAUAGGUGUGGAAACUUAAACGAGCGUUAUUUCCAAAUAAACGAGUUUCCAAUGGCCGACUUCUUCACAGAAAAGAGCGAAAGGGACCUGGCGCUAAAGAUUGAUCACCAAUUGCGAAAAGAUAUCAUUGCCAGGAGAAACAAACGAAUGGCUUAUCGUCUUGAUAGCCUUCUCUCAGGCAAUCCACAUCUCACUAUAUUUUCCGCCAUUGGAACAGGGCAUUUUUUCGGGAACAACAGUGUAAUUCAACAUCUUCAGCAGAUGGGUUAUAUUGUGAAAAAUGUACGUGAUCAUGAUGCCAUACUACCACCUCAGAAUGUUGGUGAGGAGAUCACAUUUAAUUUUCUAUGGUUGCGUGAUCAAUCCUCAGCGCCAAUCGUGUCUGUAGAAGUCACAGAGGUCAAAUCCACAUCUGCUUUGCUGUACUUCUGUGCAUUAUUUUCUCUAUUCCAACUGUGUUAA